AUGAUGCACAGUAGAGCCAAUAUCCGGCCUUACAAUGCUCAAGUUCUUGUGGGAAAUUGGUAUGAAGAUAGAGUCAUGGAAGAAGAAGUACUAACAGAUUUCCUUGAAAAACGCAGUACUGGUCAACUGUCAUCACAAAAAAUGUCGGAAGUUGAACGUAUGUCACAAACAAUUCCAUUAAGUAUAUCUGCUGGUGACGGUUUACUUCGUUUUGGUCAUCAACUCAUGCUCAUCCAUACAUCGGUUUAUUCCGCUCAAAAUACAGGAGAAAAAUCACAAUUAAGCUGUUGUUUAGCGACUGGUAUUCCACAUUCAUCGGGUUUACAGGAUGGAGCAACUGAAGUAACAGCAACAGGAACAACAUCAAUACGUCCGACGCUUCGUUCAGCUUUUAUUCUUGGAAAACCGAAUCUUUCGGUUAGUUCUGAUUCGGUUAAAUACGGCGAUGAAAUAAUACUAUCGGACACUAAUGGAGAAUUAUUUUUAACUUGUGUGAAAAGUUCCACACGUGCCGGACGAACAUGCGAUGUCAUUUUCACUAGUAAUAAAACUCGAAAUAGUGUAUGGAUUGUCAUGCAUCCAAAUAUCAAUGCACGAUUAGAGUUCGAUGGAUCCGAUGUGAAGAUUGAUGAUAAAAUUGUUCUUGCUCAUGCGCCAACGAAUAAAUGUCUAUCGGUUAAUGUAGAACAUUUUAAUAAAUCACCAUAUGGACGCGAACAUGAACUUUUAUGCGAAUUAUCUACGGGUAGUUUUGCCACAUACAAAGCGCCUAUUCUUUGGAAAUUUCAAACUCAAUCAGCAUAUUAA